AUGGCUGCUGACGGUGCUAAUGCGUUUCGUGGUGCGCUCGGGCGGAUCGGAUGGUCUGUUCCUGCGGCGAACGCGUUUACGAACGAAGGUUUUGAUGCGAUGGACUCCCUUGGCUUGGUUACUCGUGACCGUCUCAAGGAUAUCUGCAAGAUCAUUCGUCGCGGUACCGAUGGUGUGGCCGCAGUGCCAGCUGCUGGUGGAAACGCUGCGGUGGCGGCGGCGCCUGGCAUCCCUGGGAUAGCGAUCCCCAUGAUGUGGGAGUACAAGCUAAGCGGAAUGCAUCUCUGGGUGUCUGAGCGUCUCCGACAGGGGACUCCGGUUGUUGCGGCGGACUUUACUGCGGCUAUCGGAAACCUGUACACCAGGAAGGUGCGUGAACUAGAAGAAGCGAAGGAUGAGGAGGAUGUUCAAGUCAAGCCUCCGGCUCCGUUCUCGAAGGAAACGAAGUGGAUUCCGUUCUUCAAGUUGUUGGUCAACUAUUUGAGCUCCGUGACGGGUGUUAACAAAGUGCCGUUGGAUUAUGUUGUCCGGAAAGAUGACGACGUUGCCGCACCGGAUACCGAGUUUGAGACGGAGCACGAGAAGUUGGUGCUGUUGACUCCCCAUACGGGGACGGCGUUCGACAAGGACAACGGAAAAGUUUGGAUCCAGGUGAAACAGUUGACUGUGAACGGUCCAGCGUGGACUUAUGUUGCGCCUUUCGAGAAAAAACGCGACGGUCGUGGAGCGGUCAAGGCUUUGAAUAGUCACUAUGAAGGUGAUGCGGUGAUGUCCAAGUCCAAGGCGGCUGCGUUCGAUGUGCUCGAGCACACCACCUACACUGGCGAGCGUCGUAACUUCGGGAUGGAAAAGUACACAAAUGCUUUGUCAACGGCGUUCCAGACUCUUGAUGAGUAUGGCGAGACAUUGACGGAGUCCAGGAAGGUGGAUGUCUUCUUGCGCAAUAACCAUUGCACAGAUCCUAAGAUGCUCUCGGGAAUUGCGGUAAUUCAAGGCGACGCGGACCGCAUGUCUAAUUUUGCAAAGGCGGCCGAUUAUUUGGCCUUGUUUACUAACACCGAUACCUCUCAGAAGACAGGUCGGUCAAUUUCAAGCGUUCAGCGGACUAAUAACAACAAGAAGAAGCCGGCUAUUCGAGCUGGCAAUUAUACUCCGAAUGAAUGGCAUCAACUUUCGGAUAAGGAAAAAGACGAAGUCCGAGCCAAGCGAGCGGCCGCGAAGGCCUCUCGCGACAAGAACAAGCGCUCAGCUGCGGCAAUCACUCGUUCGAGUGAGAAACCUGACAAGGGGAGUGCCGAUGGUAUAACCAAUGCAGUUCGAGGCCUGAUGAAGCUAUCUAUUGCUGGAUUGCGGUCCAGUAAAAGAUGGACCGAAGAUAAGGGCGACCGUGGCAUUGGUCGCAUGAUUUCGGGAUCUAGAAGUUCGAGAUCUGAAGGUCGAGUGGAUCUUGACUCCCAUGCAGAUACAUGUAUUAUGGGGAAGGUGUUUCAUAUAUACAGCGCAACCGGGCAGAAAUGCACGGUUAUGCCGUAUUCGGAUAAGUAUAAACCAAGAGUUGUUGAUGUUGCAGAUGGAUGUACUGCGUUUGACGACCCGGUCACCGGUGAGACGUUCAUUUUGGAUGUGUUCCAAGCGUUGGACAUGACGGGUGACUUACAGGACCCUUCAUUGUUGUGCCCUAAUCAAUUGCGUGCGAAUGGUUUAAUUGUGGACGAUGUUCCCAAACAUUUGUGUCACAAUCGCGAAUCAACUCACUCUAUUUAUAUCCCUGAGAUGAAAUUGCGUAUUUCUUUGGAAUUACAGGGAGUUAUGUCAGGGUUCCAGGCGCGGUUGCCUACCCAGACGGAGAUUGAGACUUGUGUUCACGUCGAACUCACUGCACAGGAAGCGUGGGAUCCUAGUUCUGACGAGCUAGAACAGCAAGAGUGUAUACAAGAGACUCGGAUGUCUAACGUAGCUGGCACCGUGUCUACGUUAUUUCCCAAUCGAAAAUCGGAGAUCUCAGCAGUCUUAUCGUCCGUCAGCUCUACGCUUGUGGAUGAUGAUUUUGUUUGCGGAAUGGAACAGUCUGUUCGGAUUACGUCGGCUGUGGCUAGUACUAUCGCGUCGUUGGGGCAUUGGCCUCAAGACAUUGGGGUGCCAACGCAUAUGCACACCGACGGAGCUAAAGAGCUCACCACUGGGCACUGGCGGAAAGUUUGCCAGAGCUACGGUCCGGUGAAGCAGACCAUGUCUGAACCACUGACCCCGUGGCAAAACCGGGCGGAAUCGGAGAUCCGGGAACUUAAGAAACAAGUGCUUCGAAUUAUGUCCCAUGAGGGUAUUCCGCAAAGAUUUUGGGAUUAUGUUGCCGAGUAUGUUUCGGAGAUUCGGUCUCGGACCGCUCACCCAUUGUACGAUCUCAAAGGUAGGACGCCCAUCGAGCAUGUCACCGGGGAGACCCCGGAUAUCACGGAGUGGCUGGAGUACAGGAUGUACCAGCCUGUGUGGUACUUGGACCCUGGGGACUUCUCAGAGGAGAAGAAAUUGCUUGGCCGGUGGUUGGGUCCUGCACACAGAGUCGGACAGGCGUUCUGUUGCUGGAUUGUUCCCAAGUCGGGACGAGUGAUUGCACGGUCUACGGUGCAGCCAGUUUCAGAAGACGAGCGUGGAUUGGACAGUUUCAAGACUAGGUUGAAGGAUUUCGACAAGUCAGUCCAGGACUUCCUCAACAGGGGCGACACACACCUGGAAAGCUGA